AUGACUAAUAUCAACACUGUUUACAUUGCCGCUGUUGCACGCACUCCAAUUGGCUCAUUCAACGGCUCCCUUGCCUCCCUCUCUGCUGUCGAACUCGGUUCUAUUGCUGUCAAGGGCGCCUUGGAGAAGGUCAAUAUUAAGCCCGAUCAGGUUGAUGAGUUCUACUUUGGAAAUGUCUUGUCAGCAGGACUUGGUCAAAACCCUGCAAGACAAGUCGCUUUGAGUGCCGGUCUUCCUCAGACGAUCAUCUCCACCACUGUCAACAAGGUCUGUGCUUCCUCUAUGAAAGCAGUCAUGCUUGCUACUCAAACCAUCCAAACUGGUCAGGCCGAUAUCGUUAUUGCAGGAGGUGCAGAGUCGAUGACCAAUGUUCCAUAUUAUUUGCCCAAAAUGCGCUUCGGUGCAAAGUAUGGCCACCAGGAAGUCAUCGACGGUGUUCAGAAGGACGGUCUCACUGACGUUUACAACAACUACUCUAUGGGUGUUGCUGCUGAGGAGACUGCUGAAGAACACCAGAUUUCACGUGAGGCUCAAGAUGACUAUGCAAUCAACUCCUACAAACGCGCCCAGGCUGCAACCCAGGCUGGUCUUUUCAAUAAUGAAAUUGUCCCCGUAGUCAUCCCUGGUGCCCGUGGCAAGCCUGAUACUGUUGUCUCUACUGAUGAUGAGAUUACAAAUCUCAACGAAACCAAGCUUCGUGCAAUGCGUCCUGCAUUUAAGCCUAACGGCGGCACGGUAACUGCCCCCAAUUCUUCACCUAUUUCCGACGGUGCUUGUGCUAUCGUACUGAUUUCUGGACAGAAGGCUCGCGAACUCAACAUUCCAGUCUUGGCUUUGAUCCGUGGAUCUGCAGAUGCUGAACAGGACCCAUCCAGAUUCACAACUGCUCCUGCACUUGCUAUCCCCAAGGCUAUCAAGCGCGCUGGCAUUACAUCUGAACAAGUUGAUUUCUAUGAGAUCAAUGAAGCAUUUUCGGUUGUUGCCUGUGCCAACAUGAAGAUCUUGGGUCUUAACAGUGAUAAUGUCAACGUUCACGGAGGAGCUGUUGCUUUGGGUCACCCCCUUGGAUGUUCUGGUGCUCGUGUUAUUGCAACCCUUGUUAAUGUUCUUCAACAAAAGAAUGGAAAGAUUGGUGUUGCUGGUAUUUGCAAUGGUGGCGGUGGAGCUUCAGCUAUUGUAAUUGAGCGUGUUAGCGAAGAUCACGCCAAGUUGUAG